AUGGAUCAGAGUAAAGGCGAGGUGCAGUGUUCUUCUAAUGAAAGUCGUCUAUUUAACGUAGGUAUUUUUUGUCUGAAACUUUGUCUUUUUGAUGCAGAAGUUUCAGGAAAUGGAGAUUCCGUAGCAUCACCGGUUGGUGACACGCCUGCGAGCGGGUCACCACAUUCUGUUGUCGCUUCUCAAGUGCCAAGCGAAGCGUUAGUACCUAUGCCGGUCCUGCCACAAGCGGGAGAUAUUAUUGUCGGUCCUGGAGCAAAGAAGGAAGCUCAGUUGCUUGGGUUAGGUUUAAUUAAACUUAGAAGCAAGCAGAAGGACUGGCUAGCAGAUGCAAAAAAGUAUGCUAAAGAACAGUCUAUUAAGCAGAUUUUAUUAAGGCAGACUGUCGCGCAUCAACAGAACCAACAAAAGGUGGCUAUGUAUGCGCAAGCUCUUUCUUUGAUGGCUCGAGUCUAUAUUGGCUCCAUCAGCUUUGAAGUAAGAGAAGAAAUGAUCAAGACUGCAUUCAGCGUUUUUGGUCCUAUAAAGUCUAUAAAUAUGAGUUGGGAUGCAGUAACGGGGCACCACAAGGGUUUCGCAUUUUUGGAAUAUGAAAUCCCUGAAGCUGCUUUACUAGCACAGGAGUCUAUGAAUGGCGUUUUGAUGGGUGGUCGCAAUCUCAAGGUUGGUCGUCCUUCGAACAUGCCACAGGCACAACCAAUUAUUGAAAUGGUGAUGCGGGAGGCGAAAGCAUAUCACAGAGUUUACGUCGCAUCGGUGCACCCGGAUCUUUCUGAAUCUGAUCUCAAGAGCGUUUUUGAAGCUUUUGGUGAGGUAACGAAGUGCCAGCUUGCGCGAGCUACUGGUCCGAAUGCGGGGAACGGUCAUCGCGGGUUCGGUUAUAUCGAAUUCAGCAGUGCUGCGUCAGCUGCAGAAGCGAUUGCUGGUAUGAACAUGUUUGAUUUAGGAGGACAGUAUUUGCGUGUUGGAAAAUGUAUAACACCACCGGACGCCCUUACUUAUAUAGUACCUACAUCGGCAAUUAACCUUCCUACUGCGGCAGCAGUUGCAGCUGCUGAAGUUACUGCCAAAAUACAAGCAGAAGAAAUGACAGCAGCUGCAAAGUCACCGCUACAUAGUUCACCUUCUGUCCCAAAGGGACUUUCUGCCGUAUCCUCAGUACCGGGAGUUGGGCUACCUCAGUCACUCCCUCAGGCUUUACAAAUACCCCCAGUGGGUAUAGCGACGGUUCCUUCAGUUGGUAUAGCUUCGGUGUCACCAGUCCUGACGCCUCGGCCAGCUCCUCUCACUUCAGUCUCCGCAACCCCUUCUCCGCCGAAUGUUACUGUUUAUCCGAGCACACCUCCACAGCCUCCAAUCCCUAGUGGCACUCCGCCGCCUUCAUCAUCCGUUUCGGCAGUGCCGCCUCCACCAUCGACUAAUACAGGGUCUAGCGGACGUCGAGGUUUCGGUGGUUUCGUUGCCCAAGCACCACCUGUACAAAUUCUCGAUAUACCUCCUCCUCGCGUUGUCACUCCUCCCGUUCACUCGGUCGGUACAAUUCCUACUCCACCACCACCUACUUCUGCCUCUGUUCCCCCAGCGCCAGUGAGUUCACUCACAGAUGCUAUUAUUUCCCGAAUAAAUGUGACGCCUAAAAAGCCUCCUACUAAUGAACCUGCAAAGUUUGCACCGCUUCCUGCAAAUAUUGCUCCUGUCGACCGAAAAGUUUCGGAGCCCACUGCUUCAACUUCUGGCCAGUUUGCUAUCACACCUAGUUCACCAACGCAUAGCGAUUCUAUGGCACUCGUUGCGGCAGACACAUUAGACGCAAUGAAAGGAGCUGUUCAGAAGUCUUCAAGCAACAAAGAGAAGGCCAAGUCUGAUGAAAAAACUCUUUAUAAGAAGAAGAAAGUGAAGAAAACAGUUCCAAAGGGACCCAAGGGACCACAGCUAAAUACGCCUCAAGCUUUGGAAGCUGCCAAUCGAGCUGGUGAAUUAAACGAUCAAAUGAUGGCGCAGACUCAGAACUCAGAUGAUGUUUCGUUGGCGUCCCAAGAAGGCCUAGAGAUAAGAGGCAAUGAGGCCCGGCAUUUGUUAAUGCAUAAAUUAAUGAAAACAAACCGAUCUACUGUAGUAAUUCUGAAAAACAUGGUAACCAUCGAAGAAUGCGAUGACGAAUUGGAAGUAGAAAUAAGAGAGGAGUGUACAAAAUAUGGAAAAGUUGAGGAGGUUAUCAUUGCGCAGGACCCGGCCAAUAGUUCUGUAAAGAUAUUUGUCCGAUUCGGUGACUCGCAGGAAGCAGAUAAAGCCAAACAAGCCUUGGAUAAGCGAUUUUUUGCUGGUCGUGAAAUAACAGCCCAAAUUUACGACCAGGUUUUGUUUGAUCAUCAGGAUUACUCGGGAUGA